AUGGUGGAGUCCUCCCCAGGGAUCCAAGGUACAACUGCAGGGCAGGAUGAUGGCCAUCCCCAACCAAGUGGUGAGUCCAAGGAUGUUAUUAUUUUUUACAGAAUUGAAAAAUUGCUGGAAGGAGCCCCAGACCCUACAGAAUUUCUUCAAAAGCAAAAACAGAGAUGGGAAAGAGAAAUGAAGCAGAAAUUAGCCAAGGUGGAGCAGAGGCGCUUAGAAGACAAACUUAGGUAUGAGGAAGCAUGGCUGACCCGUAAGAAGAUCAUUGAGGAGAACAAAAUGAAGGCCACACUUCAGAAAGAACAAACUGCUGAGCUCUUACAGCAGUGUGCAGAGAAGUGCAAAGAUGAAGAAAAAGAGAAGAAGGCUUUCGUAAAAGAGGUGGCAGAAGGAGAAAAGAAUGUUCAGAAAUCCAAAGAGGCUGUCCAAAAGCAUAAGCAGCGAACAGUGCAAGAAAUGACAGAGGAAAAACAGAAGAUGCUGUCUCAGGCCCUGGAGAAAGUGGAGGCCGAUUUGUGUCGGAAAUUUGAAGUGAUGCGCCAGAUACGAGCAGUUGAGCCAAUACCAGCUACAAGGCAGAAGUUUGUUGACCACACUCAGAUACUUGGACCGGCUUUUCUCAAUGAGAUGUCCUUGGUGGAGCUACACGAAAGGCUGGCAAUGCUGAAGGAAGCUCAAAAGAAGGAGGAAGAGGAGAAAAGGGAGAUGAUUUUGGAUAGAAAGGAAUCAAAAAAAAGGAUGCUGAUGGACCAGCUUGAACAGAUAUCUCAGCACAGAACAGCCAUGAAAGAGUUUGCUUCAUUUAGGAAAGAAAAUGAAACCAAGCGUGAGCUGGAAACAUCCCCAGCAAUCAAUGAGCGUAUACUUGAACUUCAGAGGAAAUUAGAGGACAAGCGACAGGAACGUGAAAGAAUGAGUGAGGAACUGAAGAUUAAAGAAAAGAGAGACUUGGAGACCAUGGGAGGUCAAAAUUCAAAGUCUCCAGAGGACCAACGUUUGUAUGACCUGCAUAAAAAGUUGGAAGAAAAGGUACACCUAAUGAAAGAUGGUAACAUAACUAAUCAAGUAUUCAAGAAACUGUUCAUCUAGCUGCCUCAUCAGAUACCACCAUCCCCUAUGCACGAAAGCAACAAUGAAUUUGAUAGCUAAAUGCAGUCCCUGGUGAAGUAAGUUCUCUCUAAAUCAAUAAAAUGUAUUCUGACUAAACUAAUCCAUCAUGCCUAUUCAUAAAUUGAAUUUUCUCCUUCAGGGACAACAAAGAGGGCUGCACUAAAA